CAAAUGUGUUUAGAACAUCUCUCCUAUCAAGGAGGGAAACAAGGGCAUGAGUAGCACUUGUUGCCACUUGUUUCUGUCUGUGCAUUUGAAUUCAUUCAUUCUUCAGCUGUUUGUCUCAAGGUCGCUAAGCUUUGGUCCCUCCACCAUGGCAAGGGCUAGCAAUUCCAUGUCCAACAAGGACUAUGCCAAAGUGAUCAGGGCCAACAAGGUUUCAGUGCUCAAAGAAGACUUUUCCAUGUCCUUGGAUGAUUUUGCUAACAAGCACAGGUCCUUGCUGCUGGAUCUGUUGGAGAAGACAGGUCGUGUCAGCAAGACAAGUUUGUCUUCUGCGAUGCUUGCUGAAGACAACAGCCUUGAUCAUUCAGAAUGCAGGCACUUCGCUUCAAGGGUUGUGGAAGCUUUUGCUUCUGCCAGAACUAUUGGCAAAUCGAUGACUAGUGGAAAAAAGACUGGUCCUGGCAUGAAAGCAUUGGUGGAAGGGUUGAGGCAGCAGCGAACACCCAGCAGGUCUCCUCGCUCCAGGAGCUCCACACAUGCUGCUCCUUCUUCAAGUGCCACGCCAUCAUUGCCAACUGCAUCAGAGGCACCCACCAGAUUAUCCAAAGCAGAUGCAGCCAAGGCUUUGGGCAUGAUGACACCUGGUGAGAAUGGCUUUGGCAUUGCCCACUUUGAGGCUGAUGCUGGUCCUGCAGAAGAGAAGCAAACUGACAUUCCCAAUCUCAUGUUUGCUACUGCACCAUCGAGUGACCACAAGAAGUUGAAGCGACCUGCUGCUGCCAUGAAAAGACCUGCUGCUGCUCCAAAAGCAGCACCAAGCCCAGAGCUCACUGCAUCCAGCUCUGAGCAGGAAGCUGUUGCUACAGAGCCUCCCUCUGCUGAAGCAGUUGGAGAACUGCCAAAGCAGGGCUACACAGUGAUGUACUACAAGGCUUCAGGAGCCUAUGCUAUUCGCGAAACCAAAUUGGGAAAGAGGCAGCUGUUUCAGAUCACCAGCAAAAGGAAAACCCAAGCCCAACUUUUGAAGAUCAUCAAUGCUGCCAAAGAGAAGCUGAAAGCUGGGGAAAAUGUGGCAGCUGUGAGAAAUUGGGAAUCUCCAGCUGAUGAGGCUAUCAGGCAGAUGCAGGUGACUCAGCAGCUGACCUUCCAGCAGCUCCAGGCACCAGUGGAUGAAGGGUCUUGGUGGUAUCAAGGUCCCAGGUUGCUCCAAUGGGGCGCUGCAGACUGGGGCCAAGGCCCUGUCACUACCACUCGUGUCCAGAAGUCGAAGAAGAACAGAGGCAAAAAGCGCAAUCAGUGGAUGGCAGAGGUGAAGGCAUUCCAUGCUGGCAGGGGCAAGGGAUCUUCCAAGGGAUUCCCAGGUGCACCCUGGUGGCCUACUGAGGAGGCAAAAAAGAAGCCAGGGGAGGAGGAGGAAGAGGAGGAGGAAGAUGAAGUCGAGAUGGUGGAGCCCCUGGUGAAGACGUUCAAUAAGGACGAUGAUGAUGAAGAUGAUAGCUUUGAAAGCAUGCCCAGGUCAGUUGCUGUGAUCCCUUUCUGUUCAUCACCAAUGGGAAAACCAGCUGCAGAGAAAAAGGCUGCCAAGGAUACCACCAAGAGGGAUGCCAAGAGCAAACAGAAGGAUUCAACCCAAGCUGCUCAAGACAAGAAAGAUCAGAGCAACAUGUUGACCCAGCUCAAGAAAGGUGACACCACAGAGAAAGUUCAGACUUUGCAGCUCUACCAGAGCCUGCCCCGGUUUUCUGAUGAGAAACUGGAGCUCCUCAAGAAAUGGAAGUUGGACAAGACUUGUAAAUGGAUUGCAUCCUACAAGGAGACCAGGUCCAUGACACAGACCACCAAGCACCAAGAGAAAGACGGUUUUGCUACCAAGUAUCAAGUGGCCGAGAUCUGCAAGCUCCCUGUGGAGAGCAAGGAACUCAAGGCAAUUUUAGCUGAGCUUCCCCAAGAUGAUCAUUGGGAUGAGUCGGUUGCCUUGGAGAGAGGCUACAAGAAGGCUGGGCUUACCAGGUACCACCUGGUUGGCCUCAAGGACUUCACUACCAGGAGCUCUGAGGACACCUACACUGAGGAAGCCUCCAAGUCGAAGACUACCGCCUUCAACCAAAGUGGCACUGGCAAUCUCCAGCUGGCAGCCCAUGUGAAGGAUGAAAAUCCUUUGCACACAGCUUUGCUUCAGAAGAUUGCUGUGGCUGAGAGUGGCAAGGCUGCUAUGGAGAAAGUACGCUCCCAGAUUGGUGAUUUCCAUGUGGCUUUGACCAGAAAGUUGGCCAAGGACAGCUCUUGGAAAAACAAAAGCAUGGAGAUUUCCAAAUCCUUCUUCAAGCUCCAAGAUGAGACCCUUACUCUCAGAACUCGCAUUGCCGAAGCCAAGGAGCUGCAGCCUAGUGAGGUCACCCAAGAAACCCUGGACAAGUUCACCUUGGUGGUGGAGAAUGCGAGCACUUUGGUGGAUGUGGCCAAGAGCCAGGUGAGUGCUGCAAGGGCUGCCAGUUUGUUUUCUGAUGCAGCUAGUGCUGGUGUGCAAGCCCUGCAAGAUGUGGCUGGCUUAGAAGCCAAAGUGCAGAAAGAAUGGCUGGCUUUCUUGCUGCCGCAUGAAUGGCUUGGCAAGUUGGCUGCCAAAGUCAAAGAUGCCAGCCUUCUGGCCACCUGGCAAGGGUUGGGCCCCACUGCUCAAAGCGAAUGUGCCAGAGCUGCUCAAGAACUUCAAUGCAAAGAUCUCAUCCCUUUGAGUUUUUGGUGCGAUGCAGUGCCUUACAACUGGGACAGGUCACAGAGCUUGGAAGUCAUGAAUUUAGGAAUGCCAGGUGUUCCUGAGUGGAUGAAUCUCAGGAUUCCUUUCACUUGCUUUGAACACAAGCGACUGUCUGCCAACACUUUCGAACAGGUUUUUGGAAUUCUUAUUUGGAGUUUGCAAUCUUUGGCCUGUGGUGAGCACCCUUUGCAGCGACAUGAUUUCCUGGAUUGGCUGCCAACUGACAAAGCCAGGCAAAGGCUUGCAGGCAAACCACAUGGGUUGAGGGCUGCCUUGUCAGUGGUAAAGGCCGACUGGAAGGCUUUCAAAGAGAUUUUCCAUUUUCCUGGUUGGCAAGGCGAUGAAGGGUGCUGCUGGCUUUGCAAGGCCACUGUACAAGAUAUGCGAAGCAAACCACACACUGCUGACAUGCCUUUGGACCAUUGGUCAUUUCUGCACAGGCAAAAGUAUGAGUAUGGCAAACCUGUCAGCACACUUUUAGCUGCUCCCACUUUGAGGGUGCACCAAUUCAAGCCAGAUUGGUUGCACACCAUGGACCAAGGCUGCACUGCUGAUUUCCUGGGGAUUUUUUUUCUUUGGAUCCUUCUUCCCAAAAUGCAUGGGAGGAACCAAACAGAGCGAAUCAGAUCCCUUUUUGUUUUGAUCGAAGAAUAUUAUGCACAGCAUCCUGUCCAACAGCGCUACAACACCUUGACUGUGAAGAUGCUCCAGAAGAAGCCCACUUCUGCUCCCAAACUUCGAGGCAGAGCUUCUGAAGUCAAAGGCUUGGUGCUUUUUGGAAAAUUGAUGGCUGACAAAUAUUGCAGAGAUGAUGACCUGGUUGAACACUCUGUGAAGAUGGCUGCCCAUCAUUUGAACAAUUUGUAUACCAUUGUUUCGAACAGAGCGUCUUUUUCACCAGCUGCAAUGCACACUGAAUCCUUCAAGCUGAGAUCUUUGCUGAAAGCUUUGGAUGCGCACCAUCCACAGAAAAAUAUGUGGAGGCUCAAGCCUAAGAUGCACCUCAUGGAGGAAGUGUGUGAGAAAGCUGAAGACAACCCCUUGGAUUCUGCCACAUAUAGAGAUGAGGAUUGGGGAGGAGCAGUGGCAAGGUGGGCCAAAAGGCGAGCAGGUAAAAACACUGUGGCCAGUACAGCCCACAAUGUGCUCACCAAGUUCUGUGCCAACAACAAGUUGCCCGACCUUUGCUGA